UCCAUCCACAUACCAGGGGUAGUCUAAUCUUUCGGGCUACUGAUUGUGUCAUAGGAGGAAUCAGAUGGGGUUGCCUGUUUGGGUCGUCGUCGGGAACCCAAAGCUAUUAAUAGGUUAUGUACACCCGCAGAGCAAUUGUUCAAGUUCGACAACUUCAGCGGCAUUUGAUUUGCCUGAUGACACAGUUCAAAGCAACCCGACUACCCAGGACUUGCACAAAUGCCUCAGAUUCCCUGCGUCCGACAUCCCGAAGCAGGCGCGGGAGCUAUACAAAAUCAGGACUACAACGAAGGGUGGAGUGAAGGUCGAAAUGUAUAUCGCAGUAUGGAGACAGAACGAACCAAGCUGCGACGAAGACGGCCGGGACUCUCAGCCGGAGAUAAUGUUGCGAGUGGAUGUCGAAGUCGCUGUAAGCGAUGGUGGAAGAGGGAUGAGUCCACAGAGGGGAGACUCCGUGCUGAUCACACCACAGCAUACGCCUGGGCAAGCGAACAUUGAAGGAUCCGGCAUGCCAUCGAGGUUGGUAAAGGUGCCUGUAGAACCAGACACUCUUAAGCCAAGGAGCGGAAGUCAAGGAAUUGGCGAGGUGGAGGAGCGGUCCCAAAGGAUGAUCAGAGUCUACGCCUGAACCUUCCAUUGCAUCGUCACAUGAGCCACUGACCUCUACUCCCUCCAGAGAACCCCAUUUCUUUCCCACACCUUAAAGAGUUAAUGUUGGCGGUUUUGGAUAGAAAAGUACGCCGUCUGUGUCUCUUCUAGCCAUUUGGGGGGGAUGACAAAAAUAAUGGUCAUGGCUGGGUUCGAACUCAUGGAAUUUUGCACAUACCCAUGGGCGGCGACUUCCAACAUGUGCGUUCACAGGAAGAGACAAACCAAUGUACGAUACUCGGCAAUCACUCU